AUGAACCGGUGCUUCAUCCAGCAACACUUUCGCGAGGAGCACUGCGAGGCUGGCCACCUGCAGAUUGACACUGUGCUCAGGCCCCCUUUGUGUCGCAAAGCAAGCAAUUUCCUCAGCUUGGAUACCGUCCAUGGUGCUGUGCCGCAGCGGCGCGCGCUGCGCACAGAAGGGUUCAGCGGAUGGUUCCCGAACCCGGAUGAGAAGCGGGUCAAUCCUCCCGAGGGGCAGGAGGCCAUGGCCAUCCAGGAGGCAGAGCAGGAGGAGGAGCAUGAAGAAGACCCUCUUUCCGAAGCUUUGCAAAAUGCUGGUGAUGCAGUCAGUGCAGAUGCCGAGAAGUCGCUGGAAAAGAUAAAGGCCGAUGCCGCAAACUCGUUGGAGGCAAGCAAGGACGAUGGUGCUGGGAAAGCAGCCGUUGAAGCUGCCAAGGAGCAAGAGGACACGGGUGAUCCCCCAGAUGUGGAUGACGAGCUGCCCGGUCCCUUCUAUACGCGAGCUUGGUUCUUGGGAUUGGUGCUGAUGGCCUUUGUCGGAGUAACCUCCUACACGGUUUGGCAGGUCAGCCGGCUCGCCUCAGACCCAAAAGGCUCUGAGGAGGACGAGGUUGAAAGGACAUAUGCACAUGAUCCCAGAGCACCAGUACCUACCGAUGGCAAAGGUGCAAAGGGCAAGGGAACGGGUGCUCAGGCACAUUUCGUGCACAAGGCUAUGAUUCUGAGAAUGCUCACAGCUGCCUUGUCUAAGGAAGCUGAGGCCGUGAAGAGCGUGAUUUUCAAAUCGAUUGGCCUGCUCCAAAGUGAGCACCGUUUGGUCUUGCCAAUCUGUGGCCAUCGUCUGGCGCAGACUGCUGCAGACAAGAAAAAGUUCCAGCUGCAGAUCGUGCAGCAAAUACAGCAGCUGGCGGUGCAGCAACAGCAACAGCAGGCAAUGCACCAGUGGCUGUUGCAGCAGGUUUUAGCGCAGCAGCAGGAGCAGAAAGCCUUGCUUCAGCAACGUGCUGUGCCAGCUUCCCCCACGGAAGGCGAAAGCAUUGAAAGCAUGCCAGCUACUAAAGGGUCCAAGACGCUGAGCACCGCGCCCUGCACGCCGUGCGCGCAAUGGCCGCAGGUGCAAAUUCCCCCGCCCAGUGGCCGGCAUCCUGCAGUGCAGCAAAACAACUUGCUGCAGUUGCCUCCCUUGCUGCACAGCCUACCCAUCCGGACUUCUGGGAAUCGAACGUCUCCGGUGAAGACCCAGGAGAAGGGCCGCCCGCCCAUGGAGCCGCCGAGCGAGGAAGCCGAGGACGAGGCAGCUUCAGAGGAGAAGCGCGAGGAAGCAGAAAGGUCCGAGACCACCGUGGCGCCAGAAGCAUGUCCUGAGGUUCAGGCUGAAGCCAGUGAUGCUUCGCCCGAGGCUAAGGCGGAUCUGGAGCCUCAAAGCACUCCGACGCAGGAGGAGUCCAAGGUGCCGGAACAUCAAGAAAGCAGCACAAAGAAUGCUGAGGAAAAGAGCUCCGCGGCCACUAUCGCGGAGGCGGAAUGCGUGACAGAGGCGCCUAAGGAGGGGAAGAAGGAGUGUGAAACACAUGACCCGCUUGAAGCGCCGACGGGGCCAGGCAGGCCUAGGCACGCGGGCGAAGAACCACACACCUCUUACAACUCUUACAAACACAAACAGGUAAGACGGCGGCCCCAGCGGUCUGCAUGCGCAGAGACCGCACAGUGGCAACCAGUCCGAAGGGGCAAAGCUGGGCCAAGACAUAGCGAGCCUUGUGAGCCCGAGGAGUCCCCAGAGCCAGAGCAGAAAGAGCAGAAGGGAUGGCAGCAAGCCCAGCCAGCGCAGCCAGCGCAGCCAGCGCGGCAAGCGCAGCCAGCGCAGCAGGAGCAGCCGGAGCAGCAGGCGCAGCAAGCGCAGAGCUGGAAGCGCCCAGGCAAGAUGAGCAUGAGGAGCAGUGGUGCUAAAAGCAAGAACGGCAGCAGCACAGCGCCCAGUACUGGAUUAAGAUGGAGGCCUACUGUGCCUCACUCGGACAGAUGA